AUGCCAAUCACCAAGAUUCACGCUCGCCAAAUCUACGACUCCCGCGGAAACCCAACCGUCGAGGUUGAUCUCUUCACCGAGAAAGGAGUCUUCCGCGCUGCCGUGCCAUCUGGCGCUUCCACUGGAGUCCAUGAGGCUCUCGAGCUUCGUGAUGGUGAUAAGGCUGUUCACCUCGGAAAGGGUGUUCUCAAAGCUGUGAGCAAUAUCAACGAGAAAAUCGCCCCAGCUCUCAUCGCCAAAGGAUUUGAUGUGACUGCUCAAAAGGACAUCGAUGAGUUCAUGCUUGCCCUUGAUGGAACUGAGAACAAGGCCAAUCUCGGAGCCAACGCCAUCCUCGGAGUUUCUUUGGCUGUUGCCAAAGCUGGAGCAGUUCACAAGGGACUUCCACUCUACAAGUACAUCGCCGAACUUGCCGGAACUGGAAAAGUUGUGCUUCCUGUUCCAGCUUUCAACGUUAUCAAUGGAGGAUCUCAUGCUGGAAACAAGCUCGCUAUGCAAGAGUUCAUGAUUCUUCCAGUGGGAGCUUCCAGCUUUGCUGAAGCCAUGCGUAUGGGAUCCGAAGUCUACCACCACUUGAAGGCUGAAAUCAAGAAGAGAUAUGGACUCGAUGCCACCGCUGUCGGAGAUGAGGGAGGUUUCGCUCCAAACAUUCAAGACAACAAGGAAGGACUUGACCUCCUUAACACCGCCAUUGACAAGGCCGGAUACACCGGAAAGAUCUCCAUCGGAAUGGAUGUUGCUGCUUCCGAAUUUUUCAAGGACGGAAAGUACGACUUGGACUUCAAAAACGAAGCCUCUGACUCCUCGAAGUGGUUGUCAGGAGAGCAACUCUCCGAACUCUACCAAUCCUUCAUCAAGGAGUAUCCAGUUGUUUCGAUUGAAGACGCUUUCGAUCAAGAUGACUGGGACAACUGGGGCAAGCUCCAUGCCGCUACCAGCAUUCAGCUCGUCGGAGACGAUUUGACAGUCACUAACCCCAAGCGCAUCAGAACCGCUAUCGACAAGAAGUCUUGCAAUUGCCUUCUUCUCAAGGUCAACCAAAUUGGAUCCGUCACCGAAUCAAUUGAGGCUGCCAAUCUUUCUCGUGCCAAUGGAUGGGGUGUCAUGGUCUCGCACAGAUCCGGAGAAACUGAAGAUACUUUCAUUGCUGAUCUCGUCGUUGGACUCGCUACAGGACAAAUCAAGACCGGAGCUCCAUGCCGCUCAGAGCGCUUGGCCAAGUACAACCAACUUCUUCGUAUCGAGGAGGAGCUCGGAGCCGAUGCAGUUUAUGCCGGACAGAACUUCAGAAACCCACAAGUGUAG